AUGGUACGAUGCUUCUCCAACAAUAAGCCGUGGAUGAACAUUGAGAUUAAGGCCCUGCUGAAGGAGAAGAAGAGGGCCUUUCUAUCAAAGGACAAACAGGCACUGAAGGAGGUACAACGGAGACUGAGGCUGAGCAUCAGGACUGCUAAGGCUCGCUACAAGAACAGGAUGGAGGAACAGCUGAGCCAACAGAAUGUGGCAGGGAAGUUCUCUGACGACUCUGCCAUCAUCGGACUCAGCUCCGAGGACGAUGACACAGAGUACAGAGGAGUUAUACAGGACUUUGUGGACUGGUGUCAGCGGAACCACCUCCUCAUCAACGCGGGGAAGACCAAGGAGAUGAACCACCUCCUCAUCAAUGCGGGGAAGACCAAGGAGAUGAACCACCUCCUCAUCAACGCGGGGAAGACUAAGGAGAUGAACCACCUCCUCAUCAACGCGGGGAAGACUAAGGAGAUGAACCACCUCCUCAUCAACGCGGGGAAGACCAAGGAGAUGAACCACCUCCUCAUCAACGUGAGGAAGACCAAGGAGAUGAACCACCUCCUCAUCAACGUGAGGAAGACCAAGGAGAUGAACCACCUCCUCAUCAACGUGAGGAAGACCAAGGAGAUGAACCACCUCCUCAUCAACGUGAGGAAGACCAAGGAGAUGAACCACCUCCUCAUCAACGCGAGGAAGACCAAGGAGAUGAACCACCUCCUCAUCAACGUGAGAAAGACCAAGGAGAUGAACCACCUCCUCAUCAACGUGAGGAAGACCAAGGAGAUGAACCACCUCCUCAUCAACGCGGGGAAGACCAAGGAGAUGAACCACCUCCUCAUCAACGCGAGGAAGACCAAGGAGAUGAACCACCUCCUCAUCAACGCGGGGAAGACCAAGGAGAUGAACCACCUCCUCAUCAACGCGGGGAAGACCAAGGAGAUGAACCACCUCCUCAUCAACGUGAGGAAGACCAAGGAGAUGAACCACCUCCUCAUCAACGUGAGGAAGACCAAGGAGAUGAACCACCUCCUCAUCAACUCGUACCUGUGCUUCUUCUUCUUCUUUCACCAUUUCCAAAGUGUGGACAUCUGUGACGUGGAGCUUCUGUUUCCUCCUAAAACAAAAGUGAAGAGUCGUGUGUGA